AUGCAAUCGCCAUACCUCCCUGAGCAUAUGAACUUCCAAAUCACCGUCUUUCUCAACCCCUGGCUGCGAGACCGUACACACUAUGACAUCCCCGAUCCCACACACUACUCGAUACAUCAGCCCAUCCCAAUUGUCAAACGCAAGCACUUCAACCGUAUCCCCAAACCAACGCCAAACACCCACCUAGAACCCAGCGGUGAGCAGUAA